AUGGAAACACAACACCCUGCGGACUGUCGGUCUACUGGACAUCCUAACGCCUCUAGGAUCUAUGAGAAUAGACGUGAGUCAUUGGAAAAUGACACUUUAACAGUGAAUAAGAGGAAUAAGAAUGAUCCUCUCUCGCCUGCGCUUCCACGCAAAAGCCCGGGGCAAUUAUCUCCAAGAUCGAAGGUUGUACCUGAAAUGCAGCCACACAUGCCUGCCCAAAUCCCCAUGAAGGAGCCAUGUGAAGAAGAUAUGGAAGUUCCUCUGGAUGUCCAAGUCAUCCGCGAGGGAGGGAAAGCUACGGUGGGUAUGGUAUAUAGCGGACUGCCAGUAGAGCGUGGUUCAUACGGCUCCAGCCAUGGCACAGACGCAUCUAGCUCUCUCUCAGACGACUCCUUUCAGACGCCGCUGCAAGUACAAAUAAUUCGAAGUAAUGUCAAGCAUGAGUCCAGUGCUGUUCGUCGAAACACCUAUGAGGCGUCAGAGAGCCGAAGCGAAGAGGAAGAUGAUGAUGAUGAAGACAGCACUGGCCGCCCACUGCGGCCAACUGUCGCUCACGACAAUGUGAGGAGGAGUCGGCAUGAAAGUGCGAACUACGAGCGUGGCAAGGAGUUUAGCCGUUGGUCUGACCCAUCCGAUGAUGAUGAGCUUCGAAUGGCAUCUCUACUGCCAACCGUUGGGGACCGUCGUAGGCGGGGUUCAGCGCAGUCGCGUAUUAGAGAACCGCUAGAAGCGGAAAUGGCGGAGGAGCAUCAUUCUACCGCCUCUGAAUGUGAAGAGCCGCUUGACGCCCGUAUAGUCUACACCAGGCGUGGAACGCAUGGAAGAGCAUCCAAUGCUCUCGCACAACAAGUGACGGAGACGGCUACUUCCUCAUCGUCGGUCGACGAUAACGUGGAUGAGGCGCCACUUGAGAAGUCCACACUUCCGUCGCAAAAGCGAACGCACAGGCAACCGCGACACCCUGCAGAAGUAAGCUGUACAGUGGAUGCCGAAGGUCUCGAGUCUUCGAGUGAAGAAGAAAAACCUUUGCAGGGGUCUGUCCUACCACCGAGGAAUAGAUCUCACAUGGGCCCGAACGCAAGACGGGAGCUCUUUAAAGACAUAGAAGUUGAUGCACAGAGCGGUGAUGAAGGGUAUGAAGAACCUUUAGAGUAUGAGCUCUCAUCGAGAACAAGAGACAGAGGACAUGCCUCUAAAAGAGUUAUUGGGGAGAAUAAAACAGCAUUUGGUGAGCCUGAAGAAGAAAGAAAUGGGUCAGAGGAACCAUUAAAACCACAAACAGUAGAAAGAAAGCGCACUCACCCUCACAUCCCUCCCCAACGACACCAGGAAGUAUGCGUGCAGGAAGGAUCUUCUGCCGACAGCACUGUCGAUGAAGAUGAGGCUAUACCAGUUUCUUUCAUAGAGGGUGUUCGCCGCCUCAAGUCGCAACCGACGCAAAAAAGCCACGACGCAACGAAUGAGCUUUCUGCUAAAGCGUCCACAAUAGAAUCUGAUGACUCUCAGACGGGAGUCGCAAUGUCACUUCUACCGCCCCACCCUACCGACAUUCCUGAAGAAGCAGAGUUUCAAUGGGAGGGAGAGACCAACCCAUCAUUCAGUGUACGCAUUUUACACGACGCAGUAAUUCAAGGUGCAGAAGCAUGGAGUCCACAACCGAAAGAAGCAAAGCUCUCUGAAGAGGAGCAGUCGAAACAAACCGAAAAAAUUGUCAUAAAACCGCGACCAAUCAUUGGUACAUAUGCACAUCAACAAGAAGAAAUAAUUGAACAAUUCCACCAAGAAAAACCAAGCACCCUUCAAGACAAAAAGGUAAUACACGAGCGCGACCUUGGGGGUGAGGCCGACGAGGCAGAACCCAAGGAGUUCAUCCUGCGCCAGGACGGCAGCGGUGAGCCCAUCGAGGUUGUGGAGGUUUCUGAGCGCGAGCUUGCUCGCCAGGAUGGUGACGAGGGGCAAGCCAAGGAGAGUCUGCUGGGCGAGGACGAGGCGACAACGGCGGAGGCACAGUUGCUACCCGAGCGCGACCUUGGGGGUGAGGCCGACGAGGCAGAACCCAAGGAGUCCAUACUGCGCCAGGACGGCAGCGGUGAGCCCAUCGAUGUUGAGCAGAUUCCAGAGCGUGAGCUUAGUCGCCCCUCCACCGAAGCUGAGGCAAGAGGGGAGGAAAUGACUGAGCCUGAGGGCCACGCCGCCGUGGUAGCGGACAUUCCGAAGCGAGACCUGGGCAUGGAGCCGGAGGAAGAGACAGUCUGCAGGGACGGCAAUAUUCUUUCAGAGAAGGAAAGAACGCGAAAAAAGAGGGGAGGGAGCAAAUCAUUUCCCCCAGGAACAUCAUUCACGUCUGUUCCCGACGUGGAGGCGACGGAAUUCGUUGAGGGCGACGUAGAUCUUCCCGGGAAACCUUUGGAGCAGAGUUGUGAAUACGGGACGCUCCAACCCGGUGAAAAUGCCGAUGUCCCUGAGCGCGAGGUGGGCGGUUCACCAGUGGAAGCACAGCCGAAGGAGUCCAUGCUGCGUCAGGACGGCAGCGGUGAGCCCAUCGAGGUUGUGGAGGUUUCUGAGCGCGAGCUUAGUCUCCCCUCCACCGAAGCUGAGGCAAGAGGGGAGGAAAUGACUGAGCGUAAAGAAAAAGAUACAAGGGCAGUGGAAAAUAAUGAAAAAAGCCCGCGGGUGUCAGUGGUGGCUGAAAAGGACCCGUACUACCAGGAGCUGUGUGCCCUGCGCGACGCGCUGCUGGCGGAGGGAGAGGAGAUGANGAUGUUGAGCAGAUUCCAGAGCGUGAGCUUAGUCGCCCCUCUACCGAAGCUGAGGCAAGAGGGGAGGAAAUGA